AACCAGCGAAAAGGUUCCCCCCGUACGCGUUUCAUUGUGUCACAACUGGUCGGACGGUACGGGUGGGGUGUUUCUGUUGUUGUCUUCGAAACGCAGUGAAUCGAUUAUGUUAAAUAUACAAUAAUCGCAGUGAAAAUGUUGUGCUCGUGUUGCAGCUAGUGUGCUAGCAAGAUUCCCUUGCCUCUGUCCUAGAUGGGCUUAUAAUAGAAGCGAAGCGCAAAUGUGUAAGUGCAGCAAGAAAUAAAAGUGUUUACACGUGCAUAUCCCCGUACAUCUCAGAAGAGGUCACCUCCCUCAGUGCAAGCGAAAUAUCGCAUAAAGGUGUCCGCAUCCACUCCGCUUGCUCUGUGUGUGUGUCCGGUGCCUACUGUGUGCGUGUGUGUGUGCAUUGGUUGCUGUGUUUCGAUCCCUUUGCUCCCGAAUAAAGUGAACCGUGAAAUUCCGCCGAAGGGAAAAGCCCACCCGCCAUAAACACACACACAAACACACAGGUCACAUCCACGGCAACCGGUACACAUUAUUCCCAGCUAACACAGGCGGGCAGAGGCUGCACGGUGUACGAAAUUUCGAAGCCCCCGAAGUGACCACGGAACACCCACCAACGCAUCGCCAUGGCUACGUCCAACAAGGAGAUGGAAGAAACCGAAGAUAACACUGAACUCGAUCCGAGAAUUCAGAUCGAACUCGAGAAUCUCAACACGGCAACGGACGAUAUUAACAAGCUCGAGAUUGAACUAGAGGAAGCCAACUCCACCUUUCGGAUACUGAUGAACGAAUCGACCCGCCGGUUAAAGCUGUCCUCGAAAAAGCUCGGCAGCUGCAUCGAGAAGGCCCGCCCGUACUACGAAGCGCUCGAGAAGGCGAAGGUGGCCCAGCUGGAGUGCCAGGCGGCGACGCUCAAGUACCAGCGGGCGAACGAGAUACACGCGGCGGCCAAGGAAACGGUCGCGCUGGCCGAGCAGCGGUUCAUGAGCAACUCGCACGAAUGGCAGUUCGACAAUGCCUGGCAGGAAAUGUUAAACCACGCUACUAUUAAGGUUAUGGACGCAGAGAAACAAAAGGCUGAAAGUGGUGCUGAACAUCAGAAGAAGGCGAAGGUGUUCGAGGAGGCAGAAAAGAAAGUACAACAACUGGAGGAACGCUACCGAAGGAGCAUACAGAAGUCGCGGCCCUACUUCGACGAGAAGCAGCUGUGCCAGGAGCAGCUGGAAGCGCAGAAGGGCCGCAUCCAGCAGCUCGAGCAGCAGAUCCAGGCGGCCAAGAGCGCCUACAGUACCGCGCUGCGCAAUCUGGAAAAGAUUAGCGAGGAGAUACACGAGCAGCGGGGCGAUCUUAGCCAGGCCGCACCGUCCGGCCCCCGGGAACCGGGCGUCGGGGCCGAGCUGGCUAACAUUCUGCCCACAGCAAGCAGCACCACCGCCAGUAGCAACACCAGCAACAACCUGCACAAGGUACCGGGCAAGGAUCGGUUCCCGUACAGCAGCACCAUGCCGGACAUUUCGAGCGAGCUGGACAAGUGCGAAAUCCGCUCAGUGGGCAGUGCGUCGGUCGCGACCAGCUCGGCCGUCAGCGAGAAGGAUCCUUCCGAGGAGGACGACUACUCCACCAUCACGCUGCACGACGACGAGGACGAUCUGCCGGCGACAGUAGCAGCAGCAGCAGCAACGGCAGCAUCAUCCACCGUCGAUCAGGAUGACGAUCUUCAUCUGGAGCUGCUGCGGCAGAAGGUGCGCACGCUGGCAGUGCGGCCGGUCGAGGGUGGCGAUGGGCAGCAGCAGGAGCAGGAUGUGUGGGAGCACGAGCUGAAUGCCACGGUCGACAAGCUCGACCAUCUGAUGAUGUUGCGCGAGUGUUCGCGCAGCAGCACCCUGAUGAGCGGAGCGGGUGAAACUGGUAGCCCGGCUGGUGCCACGUUCAGCAGCUUGCCAACGACGCCGAAGCAUCAAAACCACCUUCAUUACCACCACCACCAUCAGCAUCUUCACCAGCAGCAGCAGCCGGGGCGCGGUGUAUCCCUUUCACCGGUGGACCGGUCGCCCGCGCACGAGCAGCACACCACGAUCAAGAUGUUCAAAAAGCUCGACCCCUUACCAUUGGCCAACGUGUCGAUGUACGCGCUUCCAACGUAUCUGAACGCGGCGGCUACGAAUGGUAGCAACGGGGGGUGCAACAGUUUGCUCACGCCAAUUUCAGCCACCUCGCCGCCGGGUGGUGACGUGUGCGAAGCGAACGGUGACGCUGCGCUCGCCACCAAGCUGAAGCGCAAAAUGUCCAUGUAAAAUCAUCCCACAGCCACUUUCGAUGAGCGGGGUUGGUGGUGGUGAGACAGGUUGUAGUAAAGCAAGUGAUCGAAGGACAGCGUUUAGCAAGGAGUAGUAGCAGCGCAGGGGGAUGGCAGACGGUUGCCGGUAGUAUUAACAAGGUUUAGAGAGGUAGUAAAGGUGGUGUAGAGCAGUACACAACAGUAAGAAGCAACCAAAACGGGGAGGCCAUACCGUUGAUGGCCUUUCGCUUUUCUUCCCUCCGUGAUGGGGCGCGGUUUGUUUCGGUUUUUGUUUUGGUUUUAUUUUAAUUUCUAACGUACCAUUUACCAUUUAAAAAAAGCGGCGUAGUAUUGUAAGAAAAGAGAAUGUGAAAGAAAGAGAGAGAGAGAGAUAUAUAUAUAAACACGAUCUAACAACAGAUUUACCUUUGAAAGCGAGCUUGAGCCAACGUCUCCUUGCUUACUUUAUAUAUAUAUUACAAGUUAUAGAAAUUGUAGAAAAAGGGUAGAUGCUAACAUUUUAAACGUUUUAAAAAAAGAGCAGAUCAACUAAAUAGAUUAUUAAAAAAGAAACACACGGAAAAGUAAACAAACGA